GUCUAUGUGGUCAGAAAUUCUGUUUGUGUGCUGACAGCCAGAGACUGACAACAUCUUCAGCUCCUUUCACAACAGGCAACAAAGACCCCGAGUGCAAAGCUGCUUCCAAUACAGGUGACACAGAGAAAGAGAGAGACAGCGAAGAGGGGCUGGGAAAAAAGAUAUGAGGGAAGCAGGAAAGGAAGGUGGGAGGGUGAAGCUAUCACCUACAAGUACAAGAGAGAGGCUGAGCGAGAGAGAGAGAGAGAGAGAGAGAGAGAGAGAGAGAGAGAGAGAGAUGAGAGCUGGCUGGUGAAUAUUGGCUGGUAUUGUCGGGGAAGGAGGGGCCAGCUGUAAAGCUGUAAUGGGCUCCAGCUUGUGCAGUGGUGCCGAUCCCCACAUUUCCUCCAACCCAGCCGCUUUUCCUCUCUCUGCAGACACACAUGUACAUGCGCUGGGCUGGCACCGCUCCAGCAGAGCCUUGAGACAUUCUCGAACGGAUUUUUCAGAUUUACCACCCCACCAUCAGACUGAAUGACAUUGCUUUUCUCUUUGGAAAUGCAUGGCUCCACUUCAUUCAUCUUCAAAUGCUCAAGCAAGCUGGAUUACAUCCCAAAUCUCCAGAUGUGAGGAGCAGAAACAUCAUUAACAGUGGACUAAUACGCACUUUAAAGAUUUCUUUUAUAUCCCGAGGUUCUGUUGAAUCUGUAUUUCUCUCGGAAGCUGGGCAGAUGUAGGGCAGCAUUCAAUUCAUUCCCUGCUGAAGAUCAGAUACUUCCCCUUCACCCCUUUCAAUCAUCCUUCCGUCAUGCGAUGGAGAGAACAGUCCUUGUAGACUGACAUACUGUUCGGCGAAAGAGCUAAGCUCACCUCAGUAGUGCGAGAGAGACAUGAUCUGACAGGUGCACUCUCUCAUUCAUUUUCUGCCAUGAACAUGCAGCUGGAAUUCUGGGAAGAAAGGAAGAGGGCUGGUUUGAUGUGAUCAUAUCUGCAAAGUGAGUGCAAAUGAGAGGUGGGAUUACAGCCUCACUUUAAAGAGGACAAGGAAAAGAUGAUGACACAGUCAUAGAGUGCUUAUGUAGAUAAAUACAUGCAGGUGUCAAAUACAACAUGCUGUGGAUAGGAAAUAUGAAAUUAGGUAUGGCACCAGCAUCCAUAGACUUGCAGUUAUAAUAGCGGCUAAUGAACAUCUAAACACAUCCGCAUUAAAAUUGUAAUCUUAAUUAAUGAUGGAACGGAAAUACACAAGUCUAGAAUCGCAGCAGGCACUAGUUACAGACUCAAGCAACAUGUUUUAAAGCACUUCAAAUAGCAUGACGUGCAUGUCUGUGCCUAGAGAGCGUUGUUAUAUGUAAAUGAAGGAAACAAGCUCUCUAAUAAUAGAAUCAGAGUGUGAAGGAAAGCAUCUCUCAGGGGAAUACGGAGUGGCGGAAAGUAAACAUUUGUUUAUUGCAUCUUUUAUUUAAUAAUUCAUGUCUUAGUCUACGACUUUGGCGGAGGCACCAGGGAGUUCACGUUAGGCAGAUCAUCUAUUUGAUGAGAUUGUUCAGACACGGCGGGAUCUGUAAAUUGAAUCCUGUCACAACGUGCUGCUGGCUGCUUGUUUCAAGUGUUGUUUCAACAUUAUCUGUCUAAUAAUAUAUCUGAUUCGCAUCAUCAUAUGUGAAGUUUCAAAGCCAAAAACAUUAAACUAACUUUCCUGAGUGUGUAGGAAAUUCAAAGCUGACUAAAAGCACACAGACAUCAGAGGCUCCAUUCAUCAGUGAUCAAACCUUGACUUUCUCACGGCUGGAUGCUGCAGCGUCUCUGAUCCCGUUUCCCGGGUUGGACCUCAAUUAAAACAGCAGCCGGGCCUGAAUGAGGGAAGCAGACAAAGAAAAGAACAUCAAAGCCCUUUUCAUGGAGUGCAGAGUCUUAACAUCUGAUCUCAGGGAGGGAUUACUGUAAUUGGACGGCAGGGAUCGACACCUACGUCGGAGAAUCAGGAAGCGAAGAGCAUCGAGGAACCGCACCCCCUCAGGAAACCACGAGCCACGAUGGGCUGCAACAUGUGUGUGGUGAACAGGCCGGAGGAACAGUACAGGAUCAUGUUUCAGAAGGGAAACACUCUGCGUCCCAUUGAUGCAGAAGUAAAGCUCAAAGGCAGAAGAACAUCUCACCUGUCCCAGGACAAAGAUGGGCAACCUUAUGACCCUCUCCUGCUUCAGGUGGUAUGUAAGGGCCACAGGAGGAGAUUGGGUGCAGCUGCUGGCACGGCUCGGCUCAUGGCUAUCACAGAAUGUGUGGACAACGGCACCCAGACCGACAUCAGCUUCCAGAACUUCCUGAAUGGGGACAGAGGGUCUUACCCGAGCAGUGGAUCACCCAUGCCCCCACCAUCCCCUCCCCUCGCACAGUUGGUGGAGCCAUACCUGCUGAAUGACCUUGGUUCUCUGGGGCAAGAAUAUAGUGAUCCAAAUGACUACUUCAAUGUUGCCAACCAUGAGGUGGAUCAACAAGAGGAACUAGAAUAUGAGGAGGUGGAGUUGUAUAAGUCGAGUCAGCAGGAUAAACUGGGGCUAACAGUCUGUUACCGGACAGAUGAUGAGGAAGACCAAGGCAUCUACAUUGGGGAAGUGAAUCCAAACAGCAUAGCAGCAAAAGAUGGAAGAAUCAGGAAGGGGGACAGGAUAUUACAGAUAAAUGGGAUGGAAGUGCAGAACCGAGAGGAAGCAGUGGCCAUCCUGACCCGUGAGGACAGCACCAACUUCUCAUUACUGCUGGCCAGACCAGAGAUAGAGACGGACACUCAUUUGGACCCAGAGGAGAUUGACUGUGAGUUACCUGUAGGGAUGAGUGUGGACAGCCUUAAUACGUCCCAUCUGCCCGGCCUUUACCAUUUCCGCCAACAGAGACCCCAAGCAGGCAUUCCUGAGGAAACCCUACAUCCAGAGACACCCAUACUCAGCUUAGCAACCCUAAGCAACAGUCAAGAGCUCGACAGUGGUGUGGGGCGAACAGAUGAGAGCACAAAGAACGAAGAAUCCUCCGAGCAUGACAUCCUUCUAGGCGAUGAGCAGACCAGCACCUCCAACACAAAUGCCACUAACACACCUGGCAGCCUGCGCAAGUUUAGACCCGGCAGAAGCGGCGGAGGAGGGAGCGACACGCCAUCGCCUCUGUUCCCUCUCCGAGAACUCCACCUUAGCACAGACUCACUGGACUGUGGAAGCAUUGGUGGUGGGUACCUUCACGAUCCCGUCAGUGGGAUGAUAAUGCCAGGCCUGACAGAAGAGGAAUGCGAGAGGUACAGGCAGCUUCUGGAAAUCAAGUGUCGCUAUGAGAAGAGGAUGAAGAAAGUGCAGCAGGUUCAAGAAAUAGAUCAGAAAGAAGGAGAGACACAAGAAGAAGCUGAGAAUAGGGAGGAGACUCUGGAUGAGAACAGUAACGAGAACCUGACUCCACAUGAGAUGGCGCUUCUGGAAGAGGAAAUGAGGCACCUUGAGUUCAAGUGCCGGAACAUUCUACGAGCACAGAAGAUGCAGCAGUUAAGAGAACGCUGUUUAAAAGCCUGGCUGAUGGAGGAAGAAACAUCUGGCCGGGCAUCUGCAGAACCUCAGGGGUCUCCAUUGCAUGAGCUGUCUGACAUCAACGAACUUCCAGAGAAGGAACGUUCAGACAAGGACAGCACCAGCGCUUACAACACUGGGGGAGAGAGCUGCAGGAGCACACCUAUGGUGAAUGAGCAUCAACUUCCAGUUUCUCAAAUCGAUGAGUCCACAAGUCCUCUGCCAAUCAGACACAGGGACCGACCAACCUGGAGUGAAAGAGGACGAGCAAGCCUCAACAGUUCAUAUUCGCCAAGCAGCUACAAGAAGUUUCAGACUAACACCCCUGUGAACCAGAAAUUCUGCUCACUCACAAGAGAAGGAACCGUCCGUCGCAUGCCUGAAGGAGUGACACAGGAUGUAAAUUCUAGGGUGAGUGGCCAUAACAGGAAUGGAGGUCGUAGCGCGGAGUCAAGUCCUUACUUCACUCGACGCCGUCAUUCCAACUGCUUCACUCCAGAACGCUACCAGAGCUGCAUGCAUCUGGGAUCCUCACUUUCUGAGAGUUCUGGACCCUUGGAUAGAGCUGUGGAAGGAGAAAGUGAGGCACCAGUGGGCGGCAGUGACCGUGAGGACCAUGGGAAUAGCAUGUUUGGGUCGUUGCCUCACCCCAGCCCAGUGAAGCUUUCUCUGGCCUUACCUUUGCCACUUCCCCCUGCAUCACCACGCAUGGAGUGGAAGGUGAAGAUAAGAAGCGAUGGGACCCGCUAUGUGGCCAAACGUCCUGUCCGAGACCGACUCUUGAAAGCCCGAGCUAUGAAGAUCCGUGAGGAGCGUAGCGGAAUGACGACUGAUGAUGACACAGUAAGCGAAAUGAAGAUGGGUCGCUACUGGAGCAAAGAAGAGCGUAAGCAACAUCUGCUGAGGGCCCGUGAGCAGCGCAGACGCAGAGAGUUUAUGAUGCAAAGUCGCUUGGAAUAUAUGCGAGAACAUGGUUUGGAUAUGGGCAAGGAGAGCCAGUCGGAGUCUGGCCAGAACCCAGCCUCAAUCCUGGAGCUCAGUCAGAAAAAGAGCUCCAAGAAGCGCAACCGACGCAUACUGGACAACUGGAUCACCAUCCAAGAGCUACUUGCACAUGGCUCUCGCUCUCCAGACGGGACGAAGGUGUAUAAUCCUCUUCUGUCUGUUACCACAGUCUGAAAGGAUGGUGAGGAAGGACAACAGGAAAAGAAUCUAUUUUACCGAAUUAUCAAAUACUUUCUUGAACAGUUCUCAACAGUUUCAAGGGUCAUCUGUCUACAUUACUAAUAUGGCUGAGCAACAUCUGGCAACUAAUGCUCUUAUUAAUUCCAAACAAUCAUUUUGUAACAAGUACUUGAAGUUAAAAUAUCUUAAAGUCCCUGAAACAAGAUGAAUUUACUUGAGAAGCAACACUAGAUAAAACUUGUUUUCAUAGAUACUUAUCUAUUGUUUUAAAAUUGAUUAUACUCAUGUAAAAUAUACAUUAUUUUAAGUCUUAAUGUUGUUUCUCAAGUAAAUGUACCUUUCAAAGAUUUUUAGUUUUUUUGGAAAACAAAUAAAAAACACUAAUUAAAAAGUCUAGAAUUUGUUUACGGGUGGCGGUACUUUUAAGUUUGAGGAAAAGCUCGAUUUUCUUGAUUAAUGAAUGUCACAUUGUAUUGCUUCUCAAUAGACAUCAUCACUCCUCUGAGGUCAAGCAUCUGCUUUCAAGGAUUUCUGUUUGACUUUAAACUGAAAACAGCACAUGGCUGAGUGACAAAGACACUCAAAAGAUUAUGAAUGUUGACUGAACGUACACAGACAAGCACAACGCACACACCACAAACUGUACAAGCAGACAGGUCUUAAUCAA